GUGAACGAAAAUUUGAGGCUCGGUGGGGUGCGCGCUGGCAACCCCAAAUCACACGACGGCAGCACUGCACCCGGAGUGCCCAAGAUGUGGGAGGCGCUUCAAUCGCUCGACUAUGACGAUCCAGCGAAAAAAUGAGCGGAGGGAAGAAUGGACGUUCGAGGAAGGGUCGCGGAACGGAGAGCUGGACUAGGUCCGCGCCCGCGAGAAGGUUGAAGGCUGGUGGACGGAUAUGCGUGCGGAGUUCAGGAUCGCCAACAAGAACAAAGAGAAGAGUGGGAACAACGCUGAACACCACUGGUCCUUCUGUAACCAGAGGCUGUACGUCCUGCUCAUGAUGGACUGGUACGAGCUGAGGGGAGGCGACAGCGCCAACGAGCACUGCGCAAGGUACUUCAGCGUGAGGCUCAGCGAGGAGGAUGGGGAAGCUUUCAACACUCUGUCCAUGGAAGACGAGCAGUCGUCCAGCGAUUCGGAUGAACCGCCCGCUCCGAAGGGGAAGCCGCGAGAGCGGAAGGCGAGGGAGAAGGGGAAGGUAAAACCGGAAGAAACCUUGGUCCAACUUGUGGACGCAUUCAAGACCACACCGAACAGCGUGGCAGCGGCGAUGUACAAGAUUGCGGACAACGACGCCGGGAAUCCCGUGGAUAUGUUGAUUGCUGCCUGCGAUCGCGUUGAUGACUUGGGAGAGAAGUUGGGAAAAUGAGAAAGCAGCAGAAGCGCCCAAAACAAAAAUUGAAAGGAUCACUCAAAACCUCGCAGUUUUAAAGCGCGGGAGGCGUACGAAAAAAUCUACAAAAAGACCAGGCCUGCUGCAGAGAAAGCGGCGGAGGAAGGAAGAAGAAGAGGAAGAGAGUGAGGUUUCGUAGCGAGUUCUCGUGAAGGCCCUCCGGACAAACCAAACCCGACCUCUUCCAACGACGCAUGAAGAGGAUGCCUUGUCGUUUUGGGUUUGAUUCACACGGCAUAGGUUGGGUACAUGCAUUGUUUUUAGUAUGGCUAGUUUUUUUUCCGUUGUGUGCAGCACGAAGGUAGGGCACU